AUGGUUGUGGAUGGUUUGAGAGACUCAAGGAAGAGAGACAAGAAGGCUCUCUGUCUAAUCUAUCAAGGAUUAGAUGAAGACACGUUCGAGAAGGUCUCGGGAGCAACGACGGCUAAAGAAGCAUGGGAGAAACUUCGAACCUCUUACAAGGGAGCCGAUCAAGUGAAGAAGGUACGUCUUCAAACACUAAGAGGAGAGUUUGAAGCUUUGCAUAUGAAAGAAUGUGAACUUAUCUCUGAUUACUUCUCAAGAGUUUUGACGGUUACUAAUAAUCUAAAAAGAAACGGAGAGAAGUAUGAUGAUGUAAGAAUCAUGGAGAAAGUUCUUAGAUCGGUAGAUCCAAAGUUUGAGCAUAUUGUCACUGUCAUCGAAGAGACAAAAGAUUUAGAGGACAUGACAAUGGAGCAACUUCUUGGGUCGUUGCAAGCUUAUGAGGAAAAGAAGAAGAAAAAGGAAGAUAUCGAGGAGCAAGUACUCAAGACACGACUCGAUUCACCUAGAGAAGAACAUGGUCGGAGCAACCAAAGACGAGGUGGCGCUCGAGAACGUGGACGUGGUCGUGGAUAUGGAGGCGGACGAGGUUGGAGGCCUAAUGAUGACAACAACCAAAGAGGAGAAAUCUCAUCAAGAGGUCGUGGGAGAGGAUCUCCAAAACCAAGGUACGAUAAGUCACGGGUUAAAUGCUAUAAUUGUGAGAAGUUUGGGCAUUAUGCUUUCGAAUGUAGAGCUCCUGGAAAUCAUAGAGUUGAAGAGAAGGCCAACUAUGUUGAAGAAAUAAACCAAGAAGAUGGAACAUUAUUGUUGGCACACAAAGAUAAUGAAAGAGGUGGAGAUAAUCAAUGUGGCAGUGAAAGGUAA